GAUGGGGGCCGUUUUCAAAUAUGGAGUGGGGAUUCCACAUGCAAUCUUUUUAAUAAAAUGAUGACGUGAAUAGAGUUUAUCUAAUUCAUGAAAAACCUUGUAUGAUUCAUUUUUGUACUGGUGUAACAACGUAAUAUUGUGUAUUUAGUCUUACAUAUUCUGGUACCUCAAGGGCAUUUCUUUACGUUUGCAUUAAAUAUGACAAGAAGGUGGUUUAUCAGUGCUUCUUUCUUAUUUCUUGUGCUUCGGUGUGUUAGGGAAACAAAUUCUUAUAGUUCAGGUGCGCCAUCUAUGACGUCAGUCUGCAAGCAACGCAAACCUCUGCAUCACUCUGGCGCUGAAAUCAUCCCUCCACAAAUCAGCAACGCUCCCGUAUCCGUCACAACAAAUGUUAGCAAAGCAGUGGGUGGAGAUGUCAUAACAGUUACACUGACAGCUGAAAAGGAACCUUUCAAGGGAUUCCUGGUAGACACAGUUACUGAUACAGAAUCAAACGAAGAGAUUUCUACCCAUGGAGGGUUUCUUCAAUCCAGUUACACUAAACAGGUUCAAUGUUCUUGGAAACAAACCAUGGUGACACAUUCUUCAUCUUCGCCAAAGCAAAACGUUACAUUACUUUUUAGGGUGCCGAAUAUGAAAGCUACUAUACGAUUCAGAGCUACAAUAGUUCAGACAUACGAAGUUUACUGGAUGGAUGUAACUUCAGCUGCAAUUUCUGUAACACCAUCAAAUUCUACGGGCUCGAAUCUAUCGAAGGAAUGGCUGAAGAGUGUAGUUAAGACUGCAAAAAGCAUGAAGCAGGGAACAGAACAAUCAGAUAUUCGCUCCAGGUUUUCUAAAGGCUUUGAUGGAGUGAUGAACAAUAACAACAUUAUGGCUUCAAAAGAAAUCCUCAACUCUUUGCCGUUCAUAAUGGCUGAAUCGUCUGUUAAGGGAGAUCACACGGCGGAAGAAGAGUUGCAGGGUGUGAGUCGGUCAAUUGCAAACCUCCUUAAAGGAAAUCUAGACUAUACAGAAAGAGUAAAUCUUUUUCUUGAAUAAA